UGAACGUAACAAAAGUUAAAUUUUAUUUCCCACCCAUCGUAUUAAUUCCUGAAACUUUUUGAUUAGCGUUCAAUAAUUUGAAAACUGAAUACUUUGUCAAGGAAACGGGAAACAAAAUUAAAAGAAAUGCAUAAAAGAAGCCAUCUAGGGAAAGACCGAAUAAAUCAAGUUGAAACAAAUUUGAAGACACGCGCCUAAUUAAAGGUAAAUUCAAUUUUAAAAAGUCGUAUUUAAAUUUUUUUUUAUCUAUCUGUUCUUUUGACUCACGCACGAGAGCUAUAUAAGGAUGAGAAAUGUCCUGCCGGUUUUAAUUUAUUCAAGAAAUAAAGAAAAAGAAGUUUUAUUGCUUCAAAAAGAUCACAGAGAAGAAAAAACAUAAAAGUUAAACUUUAUUAUGGUAAAUUUAACGUUCUAUGAUUAUAUGGCAACAGUUAACAACAACGAUCGUUUGCUUCGAUACUCAAUAAUACCAGUUGUGCUUCUACUGUUGUUCUGCACCAAUGUUUACCAAAUGUACCUUUUAUUGAAAAACAGCUGUUCAAACAGCCGUUAUUUCUUUGGGCAUUAUAUUAUGAGCCUAAGUGGAAUUGCUAUUUUCGUUUCCGUCGUCUACAUACCAUUAUAUAUUGCGUAUAAAGAAACAUCUAAAUAUAAAAAUAAUAAUGGUUUAAGAAAUUUUUUAUCAGCAUUACAAUUAUUGUAUACUUUCAGCUUUGUGUGGAACCUUAUUUUUAUUAUAAGAAAAAAAUGCUCAAUAAAUCUUUUAACAAAGAAACAAACGAGCCAGCAUCCAAAACUAGAGCAGGUGUUUCUUAUGUUAUCUGGUUUAGUUGUCUCCAUUCCAAAAAUGCUUUUAAAGAAAAAACAACUGUGGUUUACGCACAAUGAACACUCUUCGCUACUAUGGGUUUAUCUUGUAUUUCUUUUUCUAAUAUUAUAUAUAGCACCCGGAUUUUUAACAGUAAUUAGUAUAUUUGAUAGUGCAUACCCAAAGCAAGCAACCGCGUUACUGCUUUACCGGCGCAGACUAUACCGAAAUUUUUACAGGUUCACACUUGCAGCACUUGUUGUAUUCAUAGUUUGUAAUUUACCUCUGACGCUUUUAGAGUUUGCAUGCUGCUUUUUGAGUGAAUGCGAAUUUCAAGAAAAAACUACGCUCGCUCAUGAAUGUCUGCUAACUUUAACGUGGCUUGGAUUUUCUGCAAAUCCAAUCAUUUAUUUCAUCGUUUUUGAAAAACCUGUAAAAUGUAGAGGUGUGUGGCGUAGAUCUCCAGUUAAAAAUGAUGAUGAUUGUGUCAUCGUAAAUAAAAAUAACGAAAACGAUGUUAUAGAGUUUAUGCAAUCUUAUUGUAACAAACUAUUAAUGCGAAUAAACUUUGAACGAGUUUUACAAUCUACGCCAGUAGCAGAUACGCCUAGCCGUAAAAUAAGCAUUCAGUUUUUUUCAGGGUUGCGCAGAGGGGCUGUUAGUACGAUAAACUCUGAUGCAAAAGAACAUGCAAGAAGCAAAUUAUAUGAGGUUUAAUAAUAUCGCAAUAAAUAAAAAUAUUUUCGA